CCCCUUCCCUAUCGCUGUCCACAACCGAGCUCAACCACCACGCCACCUGCUCCCCCCUCCUUUAUCUCUUGCCUGGACAGCACCUCCCUUCUCCUCUUGGCACACGCCUCUAUCCUCAUCCCCUUUUUCUUCCUCUCCAAGGGAACGAGUGGAGAGGGUUUCUUCCCCAUGGCAACUGUGAGCACUUCACCAUCGCCUGGCCAGCUUCGGCCACCCCUCGCCGUCCCAAGGCCACCAUCAGAUGCGCCUCGACGCCGCACACCUCCUCCUGCAAGCAAUCGGGACGGGAGGCCCUCAGUCGAGCGGGCGCUCGCCGUUCCCCAACCUCGGUCACCGCGCUUCUCCUUCGAAUCCGGCGCCAUCCUCCUCCCUCUGCCUCCGCUGUCAACUCGACCAGCUUCCUGGUAACAUUGCGCGCGUCCUGGAUCCCUUCUCCUCCUCCCUCCCUUCCUGUUUCGUUUUCUCACCAAGUCGCCGACCGCUUUCGCCGCAGACCCUCGCCGCCGUCGCGCCUCCGACGACCUCCCCUGGGCGGCGCCGCCACUCCCUGGUUCCCGAUGACAAGGCGCGUCGUUUGCAACCGGUCUCGCUUCCUGGGCUGCCCUGGAACGCCCACGCUCAUCCGUGCUGGCCCGCAGUGGUCACCGUCGCCCCGCGCGCAAGCCUGCCGUCGAGCACGUUCCGUUCAGCCGCAGAUGGUUGGCCUCAGCGCACCACGUCAUCCACCCGGACCCACCCGUCAGCGACUCUGGCUAGCAACCAGCGCGCAAUUGCUUCUUCCCGGAUAGGAUCGCGAAGUGGUGAUGUGAGAUACGACAAGUUCUUCUGCAGCUUUCCACAGGUACAAGAUGACGACGUUAGCAAGGUUACCCUUCCGGCUUGGCCUGGGCAGGGUUAUGGACGCCACUGGUUAUCUUCAGGACUCUUAGUCCAAUUUGUAUCUUGUCCGUACUCGGACGUAUUCGCUCUUCUGUAUGAUUUGGAUCUUUGUAUUGUAUAUUUGUAUCUUGACUCGUUGGAGUCGUUGUUGUAAUAUAUGUAUCUUGUGGGCUCUAUUGUAAUCCUGUUGUAA